AUGGCCAGUCGCCCCUCCACCUCGGCAUCCUAUACCCUCGGCAGGAUGCAUGAAGACCCAAAGACGUCGGACAAGAUAUCACGUGUGGUUGCACAGCUGGAUGACGAAGGCGUGGAGAAUCUGGAGCAGCUCGUAUUUGAAUUCGCGAAGCAGAGGUCCAAGCCCAAGGGGCAGCUGACAUCCUCAUACUAUCGCGAACAAAACCCUUGGUAUGAUCAGGAGAGAAGCAAGCCCAACUUCAGUCUUGGCGAUACCCUGCCGCACGUCGGCGAAGACAAUGAAGAAAGGAGCCCUGGACGUGAUCAAGACAGAGACAAGCCUGUGUUCAGCCUCGGCGAACCGUUGCCUCACACUGUACGCAGAUCAAGACAGCCCCGGAAUGACGAUGAAGACGUGGAGCAGGGCAUCCGCAGAAAACCAACCAAAGAAAGGGUAGACUCAGACGAGACACUCCAAGAGACACGACAAAGGACAACCAACAGACCGCAGAACGACCAAGACGAGGGGACCGAGACAGCGAAGAAAUUCCAAAUCGACGCUGACACCGUCGGUGGCCAGAGGGAGCAGGAUGCAGUCGAGGACGGAAAGGCUGAUCCCAACUCGAUGCGCAACUGGUGGGCGCGGUUCCGUGCAAAGUACCCAGAGCUGAUGGCCGAGUUCCUGUGUACCGCCAUGUCUGUCUUCCUCGGGGUCGCGGGCACACUCACCGUCAACCUCUCGAAGGAUCAGCCCACCCAGUACGGGUCGUAUGAGACGUUGUGCUGGGCCUGGGGGCUUGCGUUCAUGUUCGGGAUCUAUAUGGGCGGUGGUGUCUCGGGUGCCCACAUGAACCCGGCAAUUUCCAUCUCGCUUACUGUGUACCGCGGGUUCCCCUGGAAGCGCUGCAUUGCAUACGUUUUCGUGCAGGUUCUUGGUGCUUUUGCCGGUGGGAUUAUUGCGUAUGGGCUUUAUCACGAUGCGAUCAUGGAGGUUGACCCCAAGAUGACCGAGACAUACUCAAGCUGGUUUGCGGUCCCUCAGCAGUGGGUCAGCCCGGCUACGGCGUUCUUCUCAGAGUUCAUAGGUGGCGCCGUCAUUAUGAUUGCUGUUCUCUCCCUGGGCGACGAUCAAAAUAACCCACCAGGCGCAGGCAUGCACGCCUUCGUCCUCGGCCUGCUAGUGGCCGUGCUGAAGAUGACCCUGGGCUACAACACUGGAGGCGCCAUGAACCCGGCAGCCGACCUGGGCCCACGCCUUGCUGCCCUGGCCGGAGGGUACCGGACUGAUGACCUCUUCAAGACGGGCUUUUGGGCAUACGGCCCGUGGGGCGCCAGUGUUUCGGGAGCUUUGGUCGGGAGCGCCGUGUACGACGCUGUCGUUUUCGUCGGCAGCGAGUCGCCUAUCAACUACCGGUGGUCAAAGGAGCAGCACAAGUGGCGUGCCCUCAUGAGAAAAUAG